AUGGAAGGAUUCUCACAAAAAGUGAAGGGAUUCCUGUCAUCUGCUAUAUCACCUGUCAAAGACUAUGAUCUAAGAGAGGUCAGAUGUCCAACUAGAUUUUGGAAAAUACAUGAUGCAAUCAAGAAAUCAUCAUCUGAAGAAACUUCUGUCUUUUACUUUGAAAAGAAAUCAAUAGAAAAGUUACCAAAAGCAAAUCAAACAGAGAUUAUAGACUAUUUGAAAAAGGAAGCACAGAGUCUACAGAGAUUACGUCAUCCUGCCAUUUUACAGGUAGUUAGUCCCAUUGAGGAGACAAAGACAACGAUGUACUUUGCAACUGAACCCAUCUUGGCAACAUUAGACGCAUUGAUUCAACAACAUAGAAGCUCAAAGAAAUCAAACCAAGUAUCAUCGGUCGAAGCAAACAAACCUCAUUUUACAUUUGAAGAAUUGGAGAUUCAAUUGGGUAUAUCUCAAUUGAUUGAAGGUGUACACUUUUUAAAUCAAACUGCCAAGUUACUUCAUAGAAAUAUAUCCCCAAAAUCAAUAUUCAUUACAAAGACUUUGAAAUGGAAAAUUGGAGGAUUAGGAUUUUCAAGUGGAAUAGAUAAACAAGAUUCAAUUCAUGGAUUGAGUCAUGAUAUGAAAGAGUAUGGGUAUGAUGAAGGAUCGAUCAUUUUACCAGAUUUGGAUUAUUUGCCACCUGAAUAUGUACAACAAAAGAAAUGGGAGUACAAUAGUGAUCUCUUUAGUAUUGGUCGAAUCAUUAGUGAGAUAUCGUUGAAUUUGGAUCGAUCGUUGGAUCAGGCCGGAGAGACAAUCUCCAAGAUGGGUGUUUCUUCAUACUACCUCUCUCGACUUUCCAACGCCAAACAAGAGGCACAGAAAAAGUCACAUUUGCUAGACAGUGCUCGUGUAUGUACCAUUCUACUUGGUGAGCCAUCACUAAGAGGUGAUGUUGAAAGUUUUGUUAGAUCUGCCUAUUUCUCUGAUGUCAAGGUAAAGUCGUUGGUCUAUCUCGCCAAUAUUGUCCAAAAGGAAGAGGAAUCACGAUUACAAUUCUUUAGAGGACUGUUGAGAAUAUUGACUCAAUUUUCAAGUCAUAUUCAAAUCAACUAUCUCCUCCCAACCCUCAUUGCAGAACUUUCAAACGAGCGUACUCUCUAUGUGGUCCUUCCUUGUAUUCUCGCAAUCUCCAAGGAACUUAAAAAAGAUCAUUUCAUGCAAGCUAUUGCUCCCAACCUCAAACAAAUCCUCACCAACAAGGAACCAAAAAAUGAAGUAUUGGCUUGUAUUCUUGAAAGUUUAGAAACUAUAGUUGAUAAAUCAACAAAUGAAUAUAUUAAAAAAUAUGUAUUACCAAUAGUUUUAGGUACAAUGUGUGGACCAACACCAGAGAUUAUAUUCCAAUGUUUAAAUGUUUCAACUAUUGUAAUCAAGCAUUUCGAUCAUGAUGCUAUUAGUCAUGGUGUAGUACCCCGUUUGACUAAUUUGGUUGUUGGAGGUUUCCCAUUACAUAUUCGUACAAAAUCAAUUCAAUGGUUUUCUUUAUUAAUACCAUUAUUGGAUAAAAAAUUAAUUGAAGAAUCAAUGCUACCAAAUUUGGAAAAGAUUUUAUCAAUUGACAAUAGUCCACCUAUUUUAGAGGCAUUGGUAUUUGUGUAUGAAGCCAUUUCAAAAAAACUUGGAGGUGAAUUAUUGGCACUUAAAGUGUUGCCAGCUCUAAUUCCAAUGAGUGCAGACAAGCACAUUGAUUUGGAGCAAUUUAAAACCAUCAUGAAGGUGGUCAAGGACGUUUUGACAGCCUAUGAGGCAGAACGUCUCAACGAACUAAACAAUCUCAAACGAUACACCAAAUCGCCACAAGAGACUGAUGAUAAGUUUGAAAGGGUAAUCAAUCCAUCUGCUGGAGGAGCUCCUCCCAACAGCAGUGGCACUAGUCUUUCAAAUAGUACAAAUCCAUUUGCCGACAAUGGAGGAUUCUUGGAACCAACCACCAGUAACAAUAGUAAUAAUCAAGCAUUUGGAAAGAUUACUCUACCUUCAAAUUUUAUUUCACCAAUUUCUUCAUCAUCAGACAAGAUUAGUCCAACAACAACAACAACAACAGCCAAUAGUAGUAGUAGUAAAGGAGGAAUGGGUAGUGGAUCUGUAUUUGAUUCACCAGACUUUACUUCAAUGACUCCACCUCCUCCAUCAACAUCAUCCAAUACUCCACCCAUCCAACUUCGCAAUCCUUCUCCCAAAUUAAGCUAUCCCAACUCUACAAACACAAUACCCUCAUCAUCUACCAAUACCUAUAACAACACUAAUAAUAAUAAUAAUAAUAAUAAUGCAUUUUCAAGUUUAUUGACCCCACUUCCAACAACAUCAUCAUCAACCCCAAUCACUCCAAUCUCAUCUUCAUCCACUUCUAAAUCAUCUUAUCCUGCACCCAACUAUAACUAUAAUUUGGAUGACUUUUCAGCAACUCCAAUCACUCCAACCACAUCCUCGUCAUCAUCAUCCAAUCCAAUGCCAUUUACUUCUUCUUCCUCUUCAUUUUCAUCAAACACAGUUGUUGGAAAUACAGGAAACUAUCAAAAUACCUCUAUGAAUUUGGGUUAUAAUCCAAGUAGCAAUUAUAACAAUAAUAAUAUGAAUAUGGGAAUGGGAAUGGGGUUAAAUAGUGGUAAUAGUAGCAGUAGCAGCAGCAGUGGAAUGACACUACUUCAACCUACAUCAAAUGCAGGAUCAAAUAAUAAUAAUAUCACAACUAAUAAUAAUAAUAAUAAUUCUACACAAUUAAAGUAUGAUAACUCUUUUUCCUCGUCAUCAAAACCGCUUAAUAACUAUAGCACUAAUAGUAGCAGUGGUAAUAGUGGUUUUAAUAAUUUUAAUAUGACCACUGACAAUAAUAAUAAUAAUUUCAACAACAAUUACAAUAAUAAUAUGAAUAAUAAUAAUAAUUUUAAUCAAUCCUCCUAUGGAGGAGGAGGAGGAUCCUCAUCAGUAUUUAAUAAUGCUACAAAUGAUAUAUUUGCUGGUAUGAAUAACAACCAACAAAUUUUACAACAACAUCAAAAGAAUAUAAAUAAUUUUAAUAAUGUUGGUUUAAAUAAUAAUAUGAAUAAUCAGUGGAAUGGAAAUCAACAACAAUCUCAACAACAACAACAAAACACUAAUUAUAAUCGUAAUAAUAAUAAUUUGAUUUAA